UGCACUUGGUUGAAGUGUUCGUACAAACUCUAUCUAUAUUUAUACCGGAAAUUAAUAAUAAAACAAAAAUGGGGAAACACAAGGAAAUGGAAAAUAAUGAAUAAUAAAAAAAUGCAAUAACUAGAUAUUUCCUAUUAAAAUCGAUUUUUAUUGUUUUUACAUUAUUAGAAAUGAAGCAUUAGCAUGAUAGUAACGAAACAUAUCUAAAUAUUCAUGUAUGUUGAAAGGCGAAUGUUCCUGGUUAAUUAUUAUACAUUCCAGUCUGUCAUAAAGGGCAGAAACUUGAUUUUAUUGUCCCUUCGCAUUUACAGUCUUUUGAGCAAGUUGGUUUUCACAAGAAGUAAUGCAUGACCACAAACAAUUAUCAAAAUCACUUUGGAGAUUGCCUGAAAGAUCCAGACAGAUGAACACCAUUACAAUUAUAUGGCUUGUUCAAAGUUAUGCGGUAGUGGUUUCUGGCCAAUUAUGUCUAAAUGACCCACUAUGUAAAUGUACACACUUCAAACAAAAAUUGGAUUGUUCUAAUAGGAAUAUAACAGAAAUUCCUGCGUUACCAAAGAAUUUAACUGAAAUAAACUUCAGUGGAAAUACGAUCAAAGAAGUCCCGGAUGACGUUUUCUAUAACAACGGUAUGCUUGAAAUAUUGGACUUAUCAAACAACCUUAUUUCUAGUUUACAUCGAAGAUCAUUGUAUGGACUAGUGAGUAUUAAGAGACUACUUAUAAAUAACAAUGUUAUAUCAUAUGUACAUGAUUAUGCUUUGACUGCAUUGAAGAGCUUGAUUGAACUUAACUUCAAAAUGAACCCUUAUGACUCGUUUGGUUUGAACUUAAUUGGAAUGUCGCUUAUAACAGCCAAAUUAGACUUUCGACAACCGACCAGUAUGACUAGAAAUUUUUGGAGCAUGCCUACUCUCAGGAAUAUGGAUGUAUCUGGUUUGACUGGUAUUUGUAAUGUUAAAACGUUAACAGCAGAUGUGUUCAAACAUUUACCAAAUCUUGAAACAAUCAAUGUGUCGGCGUGCUCUAUUAAUUAUAUUCAUAAAGGGACAUUUCGCGAAUUAAGCAAUCUAAUCUAUCUAGAUGUGUCGUUAAAUCGCUGUUUGAAGUUUUCAGGCUUAGAAAAUAUUACCAACGAUCUGCCUUAUACUUCAAUUAAAACAUUAAACAUCAACAAAAUUCAUCAAGCUUUCGUAUUAAAUACGGAAAUAACGAUUAAACAAUUUCAGAAUCUCAAAAAUACAACCCUAGAAACUUUAUACAUUGAAGGUAAUAGAAUUCAACUAAUUGAACCUGGAGCACUUUUGUAUCUACCAAAAACGAUCCGAAACGUUUUCGCAGCAGACAAUCAGUUUUCCUACGGAGGCUAUAUUAAGGAUGUCGUCAAGACUCCGAUACACUUGGCAAAUUUAUCAAAUUUGUUUACAGCACAUAAUCCUAUCGAAAAACCAGAAAUAUGUGAUAUUGUCGAAGAAAGGUGUAUUCGAUCAUGCGACUGGCAAAAUCGAUUUUACGAACGAUAUGUGCAUUCGCCUGCAGAAGAACACAACACAAUUCAACCUUAUAUAUCAGUCCCUCCGAAUAUGACAAAAUUCAUUUACAGAGGUUGUAAUUUGCGAUAUGAAAUUCCUCUUGUUAUUGUUUCAAGCAAUAAAGUAAAGUAUAUUGACGCUAGUUUUAAUAUAUUUCACUCUUGGAAUGGACCAGUGGUAUCGUUUAACCUUCUUGAGUAUUUAGAUAUGUCGAACAAUUUUUGUGCAAACGUAUCAAAUUAUUUUUUCCUAAGAGCUCCACAUUUAAAAUAUCUUUACGUUCAAAAUAAUCUACUGGGAUUUGUCUUGCCAAAAGAUACAAAUGGUGCAAUACUAAGGACUGUUGAGAAGCUGGAGGUUAUAAACUUAGCGUUUAAUAGAAUCCAGCAUCUUCCAUGGAUGUUUUUCAAACAACAAAGAUUACUACGCAAGUUGAAUAUAAGUAACAAUAUGUUAGAUAAUAUCACAUUUGAUAUAAGUCAUAUGGAUCACUUGAUAUAUCUUGAUAUUUCAAAUAACAGACUGUCAUCUCUACCUAAAAGUUUCCGUGAUCAGCUGAAACAAAAAUUCAAUCAUCAGAAUGGGAAACUAAAAGUUGACAUUAGUGAAAAUGCUUUUCGAUGCGCUUGUGACAACGUAGACUUCGUUCAAUGGGUUUCAACAUAUCAUACUCAUCUUGUCAAUUUACAUUUAACUAAUUGCUAUCUUAAAAAUAGAACCAUAGUUAACAUGGGAGAAGCACAAUUUUUAUACGCUGUACUAAAAAAGGAGUGUUCAUCAUAUACUGCUCUGAUCAUAGGAAUUGUAAUACUAAUCGCCUUCUUUGGUUCAAUAGUUCUUUGGGGUUUAAUAUAUAGACAUAGGUGGAAGAUACGUUAUCUAUACUAUAUAAUCAAAAGUAAGUACCAUGGAACAAUAAAAACACCAAGCAACACCGAUACUCGCAAAUAUAGAUACGAUGCAUUCGUUUCCUACGCCGAAAAUGACUCAGAUUUCGUCCACAAUAAUCUUUUACAUCAACUUGAAAGAGAUGGAGGACUGACACUAUGCAUCCAUAAAAGAGACUUUAUUCCAGGAAACGACAUCGCGGCUAAUAUUACGUCAUCUAUUCAUGUCAGCCGUAAAGUAAUCAUUGUUAUGUCAUGUCACUUUCUAAAGUCGGACUGGUGCAUGUUCGAAUACAAAAUGGCAAGACUGGAAAGUAUUUAUUCCAGAGAUAAAGAGAAUAUUUUAUUUAUGAUUUUCUUGGAACAAAUCCGACCAGCGAAGCUACCACUACAUAUUCUUGAGCUUGUACAAGAUCAGUCUUAUAUUGAGUAUCCAAAUGAUGAAUAUGGCAACACAGUGUUUUGGGAAAAAAUUAAAGAAGUUCUGUCGUGCUAAUCCAGAAUGAAAAUGAAUUUGUUUGUUCAAUACCAUGUAUAUAGAAGUGUUUAACGCUUUAUAGCUAUACGGAAAUUGGAAACUUUAACAAGACAGAAAAAAAGUGAUUUUUUGCUGAGAGCCGUAGGGAUAUAACCAUAUAAUUCUAUCCACCUCGUUUCAUGGGGGUUACAAGAGUUUAUAUAACGCAGACGAUUUUAACAAAUCAUUUAUAGCACUUGAUCAACGAGAUUUGUUGUUUGAGUUGUUGAGGACAUUAUUUCCGGAAAUGUUUUUUUUUAAAUCAUUUGAACAUUUCUUAAUCACGCUCAGUAUUGCAGAAUUAUUUGGGACACCUUUUUUUUUAUAGAUAAUUCAAUCUGGAUCUUGUCUGAAAAAGAUUGUAAUCGAUUUAUUCUUAUAUUUUUGAAUCUAUAUAGAACCACCUUUUCAACAGCUGACCAUAGGCGCGGUCAAUGUCGUCGCUGCUACGUAGAGCUUUCAGAUUUUCACCUAUGAACGUAAAGUUAGCUUAGUCGCUACAUAGAUUAAGAUAGCACAAACAAUUCAUUUUUUAACGUUAGAGAAUCUAAGAUGACGUAUUAUAUAUAUAUAUAUAUAUCUAAGUAAAUGAAGACAUAUGAUACAGAUAUUUAUAUAUUUUAUUCAAGCGUAUACAAUUUGACCAAAGAUUGGCACAAUGUUCUAGCAGAAAAGGGACUAUGACCAUUCAGUAGAAUGAUUUAACAUCGACGCAUUUUUAAAGCGAGCUUGCUACGAAGGUCUACGUAGCAUGUCAGUCAACAUUGACAUCAAUCUAAGACAUAAAGGCUAUUAUAGCUACUAUGGUAUUAAAUGCUCAGUCAUUUUGGCUUGCCACUGACGUCAUAUGAUUUUUCUAGUGUUUGACGUUACGUUUUGAAAUAUACUAUAAGAAUUUAAACUAUUGUGAGUGCAUCUGUAUUUGUUGAUAGCAGCAACAGCUAAAUAAUAAUUCUUAUUAUAUAUAGACAUAUGAAGAUGGGGGAAUAUGCAUGAUUUGUCGCUAUUAGAAAAGGAAAAAAACAAUUGGAUAGUUUGAAGUCCGUUUGGUUUGCAUGUUCGUUGUGUAUUAUAUAUACUACUUACAAAACUGUGUGUCUAGACCACAUAAAAUAAAACUUAUUAUAGGAAAGUAUUUUGAUCAAAAGUUAAAAAGAGGCGAAAUAUACUAGAGAGGCAUUCAAACUGAUACAUGUAAGUCGAAAAUCAACUGACAACGCCAUGGCUAAAAAAAGAAAAUUAUCACCAGAUAACAAUAUCUUAGAAAGCACAACAUAGAAAACUAAAUUCUGACCAACACGAAUCCUACAAAACUUGGGUCGAUUUCAGUUGCUCCAGAAGGGUAAGCAGGUCCUUAAACUCGUUAAGGACCGGACGGCCUAGUCUUGUCGUUUGUUGAUGUGUUUUGUGAGUGUUACUCGUUUCAACCGUUAGUUUUUCCUGUUUGAAUUGAUUAAUAACAGUCAUUUUGGGGCCCUUUAUAGCUUGCUGUUCGAUGUGAGCCAACUCUCCGUGUUGAAGGCAGUACUUGGACCGAUAAUGGUUUACUCUUUACACAUUGCAACUUGGAUUAAGAGUUGUUUUAAUGCUACUCAUACCACAUUCUCAUUUCUAUUUGAAAAUUUCUUUGGCAUGUUUCGCCUCUCUUUUGCAUACACUAAGAUCAUAAAAUAUUUCAUCGUACUGUGUUGUGCCUAAUGUCUUAAACAUAUUUUAUCAUAAAAAUAGAUAAACUAGACUUGCAUAACCUAUCUUUGAUAAUUUCAUAUUACUAGUAUUGAAUAUAUCAUUUGAUCAAAGUAAUCACUUGAUGUCAAUUUCUCAACUAUCAAAAUUGAUGCCUUGGUUUGAAUUUCACUACAACAAAGAACAAACAGUGAUUUUGUUUUGAAAUUGAACUGUCAUGGCAACAUUUAAUAAACAUUCAUUCAAACAACAACAACAACUGGUACAACAACAGUACACAACCAAAAUAUUUGCCAAUCAAUAAAAUCUUGAUGACGAUUGAAUUAUUCAUUGUAACACAGCUUGGCGAACCAAAGUUAGUGGACUGAAGGGCGGUCAAUUUUAGAAAUAUUUCCGAAUUAGCAGCUGGGCUAUCCAUAGUCUGCAUACAAUGAGGUAAAUUCCGCUCCGGUUGUGUGACUGUGUUUCAGCAUGUAACCAAGACGGAUAUUUGUAUGAAAAAUGAAUAAAUCCAGCAGCAAACAAAGUUCAAUUCAUAAGGGUGGGAGAGGACGGGUCUAAAUUUUCAACAUCCUCUCCGUUUGGUUUUCAAGGUAAAAGUGACCGUUAAAUUGCACGGACUUUUACUACUCAACUAUCACAUGCUCAAAUAAGCAUUUCAAUAAGAGUAAAAGACGACUCGAUUUGUCGAGUCUCAGUACACUUAUAUGUUAAAGUCAUAAGAAAUCUCAAAUCAAAAAAAAUACUGCAUGUGUUUUUUUAUAACUCAAUGGAUAGUUUUACUUAUUAAACUUAUGUACAUAUACUUUUUUCUGAAGAAAAUUCUUUAAUAUAAAAGUUUACUAUAUUUAGGAAGCAAUUCCCCCGACAUAUUUUCCGUAUGCAAAGUGACCUCAGUGUGACCCAUCUCGUAAAAAUCCGGUGAUCGCAAUAGUCGCAUGGAUGUCCUUAAAAUAAACUAUUAUCUGAAUUUACAUAUAACACGUGCUCAAUUCCCAUGCUUUUUUGUUGAUUUUUUGUUGGUUGUUGACAAACAGGUGACAAUCGUUAAACUUUGGCUUCAAAACACGAACUUUAAUUACCUGCCAUAUUUUCACAACAACACUGACCGAUUGAAAAAAAAUUGACGAUAAUAGGAAAUUUAUGCGAAAAAAAAGAUAAAUUCGUGCACAGAAGACUAAGUUUAUGAUGUUUGUAUGCAUUGGUUCAAGAAUUGGAAGAACAUUAUUUUUCACCGGUCACUCGUUUCUUAUGACUUUAAUUCAAGAAACGAAUUUAAUUUACAUUUAAUUAAAUUUUACUAUUUGCAUUUCCGUAUACUAUCCAACUUAGAACACAUUCACAACAAUAUAAUAAAUUGUCUAUUACUUUUUCAGUUUUGAUGGCAACUUGUAUCAGAUUCAUAAUUAUUGUAGAAAUUUAAACUGACACUUGUGUUUUAAAGUUAAUUGUUUAUCUUUUGUAUUUUUGUAUGUAUAUUUAUAUA